GCUGACACUUCCUGUUGUCGCCACCUUCCGGACCCUCGCGUCACACGGAGGAGGAAUGGUGAAUAGCUGCGAGCGUAUGUCGGUGUGAGCUGCGGCUGUCCGGUCAGUUAACUUUAAGUUUUAGAAAAUGGGGCGGUCAAACUCUAGGUCCCAUUCUUCAAGAUCACGAUCGCCAUCGUCCUCGCGAUCAAGGUCCCACUCAAGAAAGAAAAGAUAUAGUUCCAGAUCUAGAUCAAGAACAUACUCUCGAUCUCGCAGCAGAGAACGUGUGUACAAUAGAGAUUUCCACAGAGAUUAUAGAAAUAAUAGGGGAAUGAGGCGCCCCUAUGGCUUCAGGGGAAGAUCAAGAGGUUACUACCAAGGUGGAGGUGGCAGGUACCAUCGUGGUGGUUAUCGGCCAAUGUGGAACCGUAGGUACUCUCGAAGUCCUCGCCGUGGACGGUCUCGCUCAAGGAGUCCUAAGAGGCGCUCUGCAUCAUCUCAAAGAUCCAGAAGCCGAUCACAGAGAUCCUACAAGUCUUCUCAGUCACAGAGGUCCUCAUCAUCCCGUUCUUCAUCGCGCUACAGUAAAUCUCCGGAGAAAAAAUCGAGAGCUUCCCGUGAGAAACCUAAGCAAAAGAAGGAAGAGGCUGCUAAAUCGAAAAGUCCCUCAAAUGAGAAAUCAGGUGAUGAGCACAAAGAUGCUUUUGACCCAUCUGAGCCUUUAGAUGAGCUUGGAAAAGAACUGGAUCUGCAUGGUGAGAGUUGGGCCGGGCUUUCUGCCUAUGACAAUAGUCCAAGAUCCCCUUGUAGUCCUUCACCAGUAGCUUCUCCACCCAGUGAAAGUUCUUCCCAGUCUGAUGGCCCUAUUCUUAGUGUGGUCCAUUCUGGCAAAGACACUAUGUCUCAGAAUUCACAUUCCAUGGCCCAUAGCCCAGAAAGGUCUGGGUCUGCCUCUGGUGAUGGUAAUGGUUCAACUCGGUACAGUCCUUCACAAAACAGUCCAAUUCAUAUCCCUCUUCAAAAGAGUCCAGCAAAGACUGUGGUGUCUCAGAAUGCUUCUCAUGACGAAGGGCACUCUCACUAUUCUAUGUUCACUGACCCUGCAGAGCAAGACAUUACUAAAGGAGCAAAGUUUCUAAAAAAAUAUACAGAUGAAGAACACAGGUUAUUUCCAAUAGAAAAAGCUAAUAAUAGAGAAACGGAAAGCCAUAAAGACAAGACAUUGGAGAAGACUAAAAAGGAAGCAGGCCGAAAUUGGGAUGAUCGUGAUAUGUUAGAUUAUCUUUUGGAAAAGGAGUCUGUUAAAUCACAGUUUUUGUCAGUUUCAGAAAGUGAAGACCUAGAGGAGGCUGAGGAUUAUAGGCAGUUUAGAAAGUCUGUUUUAGCGGAGCAAGGCAAAAGUUUUUCUUCUACAUCCCAGUGGAAUGCAGAAGAAGAAGGGACAAAGUUCAAAUCCAAAUCUGUGACCAAGGGCAGUAAGGAAAGUGAAAAGGUCAAGGAGGGUAAGGGGCAUAAAAUGACCACUAAAGAGAGACAUAAAGAUGAUGAUAAAGGGGGCGAAAGGUCAUUUGGUAAAAAGGAACCCAAGUCACCUAACCCAGUUCGUGUGCUCGAUAAGAUAAAAAACCCAGUCAGCUGCAAUUUUCCUUUACACCCAAGUAAUGAAGUGAGAGAAAAAGUCGUUUUCAGGGAAGAAAGCCCACUUAGGAUCAGAAUAAUAGCAACAGAGUCUCACCAUGUUGAGGUCAAACUUCGGAUGCCCGCAGUUCCCCUUGAUGAUAUCAGGCCAUCCUCUUUGUCUAAUGACCGUCGGCUAGCCAGUACUCUUGUGCAUUCAAUCAAGAAACCGAAGGACUUCCGAUCCAUCUUUGACCACAUGAAGGUUUCCUUCUCCAACAAAACCUCCCCUGAAUCCUUUAUCUACCAUGUGGUGUCUUUAGUACAGUUUGUCAAAGAGCAUUAUUUCAAGGGUGACGGAAAGACCCUCAGUGAGAGGUUUGCAGAGUAUCAGACAGUCACAGAUGAGCCUGCCAGCCGUCCAAAGAGCCCAGAAAUACACAGGAGGCUAGACCUUUCACCCAACAUCCUGAGAAAACAUCCAUAUAUGCAGAAUGAAGACACGGUCUUUGUAGCGAAGGAGGAGCCAUCCAAGAUAGAAAAGAAAGUAAAGAGUAGCUCGAUUGAUCUGCGGGGUGACACAGACCGUCGCAGAAAGGAGCGCAGUAAAGAACGAGGGGACUCUAAGUGUUCCCGGGAAUCUAGUGAUUCUCGCAAGAGAGAAAAGGCACAGAAAGAGCACAAGGAGUUGAAAGUGUUCAAGGAUGACAAUAAAAGAAGAAAAGAUCACGAGCCGUCUCCUCCUCUGUCCGAUGAUGAUAAAGACAAUAAGAAGGAAAGCAGAGAUGAGGAAUUCAAAGGCCCAAUGGAGCCCAAAGAAUUUCCAGGUUUCCCAGGCACCAGUAGGCCCAGGGGCACAUUUCAGUUUCGAAUUAGAGGCAGAGGCCGUGCUCGAGGGGUGUUUGCUGGGACAAGUACUGCUCCUGUGAAUACAGCACCAAGUUUUCAAAAGAGAUCUAAAGAGGAGGAGUGGGAUCCAGAAUAUACACCUAAAAGCAAGAAAUAUUUCCUGCAUGAUGACAGAGAUGAUGGAGUGGAUUACUGGGCAAGGAGGGCAAGGGGACGAGGCAACUUCCAGCGAGGAAGAGGAAGGUUUCCUUUUAAAAAGUCUGGGAGCAGUCCAAAAUGGACGCAUGACAAGUAUCAGGGAGAUGGCCUUGUAGAUGAGGAAGAAGAAGCAAUGGAAGAGAGGCGCAAAGAUGAAAAGGAGUAAAGCGUCUGGUGAAGCCCAAUACUACAAGAUAUUUUUUUUAUUGACUACCUUUCAUUAGUCAUUUCGAACUCUAUUUUAAUUCAGUUGCUGAUCAACAAACUGAACUUUGUUUUAAAGAAUCUUUUUUUUUUUUUCACGUCGAAUACAUUUAUGCCAAGGCCCUGGAAGAAAUUGGAAAAUGUGAUCUGUCUUUCAACCACAUCUUUUAAGAAUUGGCUUUUAAGUGUUUCAGUUUAUGCUGCGUGUCUGCCAUGGUUGUAUGGUGAAGAUUGUAGUUUGGUUCUUUUUGCAAUAGAUAAAAAUUUGCUUUGCACAUAGGGUGGAUUUUAAAGCUGCCUAAAGUAAAAUUGGACUUUGCCAUUUUUUAAGAGCAGAAUAUUAAAUCUGCUCUGGAUUGCUGUGGGCAAUUCAGGCUACUUUAACACUAGCGUUUUCAAUCCCGCUAUUGAUCCGUCAUAGGAUCUUAAUAGCGGAAGAAAAUGCUUCCCCAUUCAUUUCCAAUGGAGAUAAAACUUAAACGGAAUGCACCAGAAUGCAUUCUGUUCC